AUGCGCUUGUACGUCAAGAAGGCGGCUGAGCUCAUGAAGGAAGUCGUCGAAUCUGGAGCGCAGGAAGGCGACGGCGACGCCGCUGGUGACGUGGAGAUGGAUGGUGAUGAAUUCGACGUCGGUAAAACGAGUAAGGAUCGGGAAUUCUACACCCAACAGCGCGCGGAACAAGUGUUGGCGCCGUUGUUGAAUAAAGGCGCUUCGUACUCCAAGGUUCGACUGAGCACGAAGAGUUUCGGUAUCGAUGCCGCCAAGGUGGCGAGCCGAGCUUUUGUGAAUUUGGCGUCAACGUUGAAGGAAGUGGACUUAAGCGACACCAUCGCGGGGCGUCCCGAAGUCGAAGCAUUGAAGGCAAUGGAAAUUUUCAGCGAGGGCUUGCUCGCGGCCAAGUUGACGUCGGUGGAUUUGAGCGAUAACGCGUUUGGUGAAAAGGGUGUUCGUGCGUGCACGAAGCUUCUUCAAGGACAAACCGAGUUGACUUCUAUCGCGUUUUUGAACAACGGAAUCUCUGAACAGGCUGCGCGUGCCAUUCUUGAACUGCUUGCGUGCCCAGAAAAGCUCACUCGUUUCCAUUUAGACAAGAACAUGACGGGCAACGAAGGCACCGUGCACAUCGCCGCCAUCGUCGCGAAAGCGACAGGUAUGAAGGAUUUCAAGAUGGCGGGUUCUCGUUUCUUCUGCGAGGGCGCGAUUAUGCUUGCUGAGGCGCUUUCGCACGGGAAUUCUCUGGAGAGACUCGACUUGAACGAUAACAACGUCAACGAGGAGGGCGCAGAAGCGCUCGUCAAAGUGUUGCCAAAGCAUCCGAACCUUCAGUUCUUGAACCUCGAAGCGACGGCAUUAGGACCGGACAUGGGUGGAACUCUUCUCAUGGCCGUAGCCAAGGGUUGCCCGAAGCUCGAAGUUCUCCACGUUAGCAGUAAUGACUUUGAGCGAGAAGGCGCAGAAGCCGUCGCCCACGCCAUCGCAGAGAUGAAAAACCUCAAGGUUUUGACAAUCGGUGAUAACAUACUUGGUGACUAUGGGUUUACGCAAGUGUGCAUGGCUUUGAGUCAAUCGAACGCGCCUCUCGUGAGACUCGAUGCGAGCUGCAACGAACUCCAAAAGUCAGGCGCCAUCGCGGCGGCGCAACUCGCGGCGAGCAAGCCAGGAUUUGAGCAUCUCAACCUCGACGGUAACAUGAUUCCUGAAGACACCGUGGAAGAAAUUCGCGCUAUUUUGUCGGCGGCCGGUAUCGAACACGCACUCGCACCGAUGGAAGAUAACGAUCCCGAGGGUGAGGCGGAUGAUGAAGAA